CGCCCCCGCGCUGACGUCACCGGCCCGGUUCUCGGGGGAGCGGCGGCGGACGCGCUGCUCCCACCCCCUCCCCUCUCACGGGUUCUCCUCCCUGGUGGCGGCCGCGGCCCGACACUGCAAGCUGAUGGCCCGGGUCCCGAGUGCGGGCUAGCGUGCCUGGGUGCCCGGCCAUGGGCUGUAUCGGCUCUGAGAGCCCGGCGGGUCAGGCAUUUCUGGGGACCACCAGCUGGCUGAGGCUCAGGGACAGAGACGGCUGCUCCAGCUAAAGUGGCCUCGGACCCCGCGUGGGCUGUGGAGUGGAUCGAACUUCCUCGGGGCCUCUCUCUAUCUUCCUUGGGAUCUGCUCGGACUCUUCGAGGCUGGAGCCGGUCCUCUCGCCCUUCCUCCGUGGACAGCCAGGACUUGCCAGAGGUGAAUGUUGGAGACACAGUCGCGAUGCUGCCCAAGUCCCGGAGAGCCCUAACUAUCCAGGAGAUAGCUGCGCUGGCCAGAUCCUCCCUGCAUGGUAUUUCCCAGGCGGUGAAGGACCACGUGACCAAGCCCACCGCCAUGGCCCAGGGCCGAGUGGCUCACCUCAUUGAAUGGAAGGGCUGGAGCAAGCCGAGUGACUCGCCUGCUGCCCUGGAAUCAGCCUUUUCUUCCUAUUCGGAUCUCAGCGAGGGCGAACAAGAGGCUCGCUUUGCAGCAGGAGUGGCCGAGCAAUUUGCCAUUGCAGAAGCCAAGCUCCGGGCAUGGUCUUCAGUGGAUGGUGAGGACUCCACCGAUGAAUCCUAUGAUGAGGACUUUGCUGGGGGAACUGACUCAGACAUGGCUGGGCAGCUGCCCCUGGGACCCCAUCUCCAGGACCUCUUCACUGGCCACCGAUUUUCCCGUCCUAUGCGCCAGGGCUCCGUAGAACCUGAGAGCGACUGCUCGCAGACCGUGUCCCCAGAGACCCUGUGCUCUAGUCUGUGCAGCCUGGAGGACGGGUUGCUGGGCUCCCCAGCCCACCUGGCCUCCCAGCUGCUGGGCGAAGAGCUGUUCCUUGCCAAACUGCCCCCCAGCCGGGAAAGUGCCUUCCGCAGCCUGGGCCCAUUGGAGGCCCAGGACUCACUGUACAACUCUCCCCUCACGGAGUCCUGCCUUUCCCCCGCCGAGGAGGAGCCAGCUUCCUGCGAGGACAGCCAGCCGCUCUGCCCGCCACCGGUGGGCAGCUGGGAACAGCAGCGGCAAGCCUCCGACGUGGCUUCUUCUGGGGUGGUGUCCUUAGACGAGGAUGAGGUGGAAACGGAGGAACAGUGACGCAGAUCAUGCCUGGUGGUGGCAUGUGUCCCCUGGCUACUGCUGGGGGCAGAGCCUCUAUGCCCAAGUGUGGGCACGAGGCUUCCAGCAGAGCUCCAAAGCCUAGAGGGCUCCUGGGAGCACUCACUCCUCGUUGUGUGUUUUGCAUGAAAGUGUCAGGAGAGGAGGCAGGGGCCAGGCUGGGGGCGCAUGUCCUGCCCCCACUCCUGGGGUUUGCCGGGGAUUGCCCGGGGCCCCUGGGGCAUGGCUACAGCUGUGGCAGACAGUGAUGUUCAUGUUCUUAAAUCAAAAAUGCCAUAUACAUAUUUCCUCCUUGGAUGAUGUGAACCCCUGAGGGGGUGGUUGUGACUGGGCUGUGUGGGAUAGAGCGGGAGGGAGCCCGGCCUCCCCCUGCCCCUCCCCCUGCCUCUCUCCUCUGCUUCUCUCCUCACCUCCAAGUCCACGUGCAGUGCUUGAUAGAAUCACCCCCACCCGGGAGCCGGGAGCCUACGGAUUGAGCCGUCAUCCCCCAGGGCCCCUCUCCCUGCUGGGCUCGUGCUGUGCUUCACCUCUCCAUCGUCUCUAAAUCUUCUUUUUCAUAAAGAAAGAGGGGUCUUGGUCUGUUCUUUCAGUCGGAUCUUCUCUAGGAGGCAUUGGAAUGAUGAAAGCAUGUACCCUCCACCCUUUUCCUGGCUGCCCUGAUGGGGUCUGGGCCCUUUCCUGGCCCCUUGUGGGAUGUGUGGGCAGGGGCCUGGCAGCUCCCGGCCUACCGUGCUGUCACAUACGAGUUCUUUAGGGUGAAGUUGGCAGAAGGGAUGGUUGCUACAGUUGUGACUUCCAUGUUAUUCCAGAAAGGGCCACCAGGGGGCCACAUCGGUGGCCAGGCAGUUGUCUGCUGAUGCCUGAGCAGGGCAGGAAUUGUGCCAGCUGGUCACAGCCAUGAGGAAGUGUCUCUCCUUGGGGAAAAAAGAGGGUAGUGUCUUUCUUGGCUGAAGGAGAGGCCAAAGCUACUAGGGUGUUGAUGACCAAGCAGCGGAGGCCUCUGCAAAUCCUGCAUUCCAUGGACGGCAGGCUCUGGAGCUUUAUGGCCGUGGGAGUGUGGGUGGCUGCAGAUAUCGGGCCUCGUAGGCUUCAGCAGGUGAGAGGGCCCAAGGUAAGAACAAGAGCUGAUGGGCACAGGUAUUCUAUAUAUAAGUGGCUCAUUAGGUGUUUAUUUUGUUCUAUUUAAGAAUUUGUUUUAUUAAAUUAAUAUAAAAAUCUU